UACAAACUACAUCCAAAUUUGAAAGCACAAAUUACAAAUUCUGAACUUAGAUUCACUAAAUGUUGAUUAGAGAUUGUAAUUGAUUUUAAUGUGUCCUCUUUCAACCAAAACACCAUGUUCUUCGUGUGGUAUUUGGCUGUAUUGUUACAAGAUAUACUUGUAUAUAAAGUUUCCGACGCUCAAAAUUUUAAUGUGGAAUCACUGCUUUGGAGUGAUCCGGAUUGCACCGUAGGAAAGAUUUCCCGGGAGAUGGUUUAUAAAUUUUCGCUGUCCUUCCAGCGAAACGUUGAAUGCAAAGAUGAAACCAACACUUCGGGUGGAGCCAGGCCUAGUGGUCAGGAAAUGAAACCCUCGACUAAAAUAUCCCUGACCUGGUGGAAAAAGAUCUGUCUCCACUCAACAGGAAAUCCAAACACGCAGUGGACGUUGUUGUUCUGUAAGAACAUCUCCGCCUGUAACUGCAAAGACUUCAACAAGAUCUUCUUCAUGUGUGACGAGUGCUCCAAGAACACGCCGAUGAAAAAAUACUUCCGGCUGAACAUCUGGAACAGAAUGGAAUACAGCCAGAAAUUUCUGAGACUCAGCUACGAGGAUUCGCAGCUGUGUUUUCUGAGUGAAGAAUAUGUGUUCCAGCUACCUAGAGUGUUAGGAUCUCCUUUAGGUACUCUGGAGCUUGGCAGUGACCAUGGCCUAGUCCUGAGCACUGUCAGUAACUGCUCACUGAUUGUAAAACCCGGGGCGCAAUACCGGCUGAAGGUUUGUGUCCACAACUUGUACAAACCUACAAUAGAACUGAAGGUGGAAGGUCAGCUGACCGUCACCACUCAAGAAGACUGCAUCACGGCUGCUGUCAACUUCGAUUACCUUCAGCUGCCAACUUUUAUGUCAAUUAAGUCCGAGGACAAGUGUGAUGAGAUCAAGAAAUAUUAUUGCAGUAUUGGCCUUGAACCAGAUGUCUCUAUUUAUUACGAGGACAUGCCCAUUACGAUCACAGAAGAGAGUCGAACCUGUGUCUUCCAUUUGCACAGGGACGCUACGAACAUGAUCCACAUUUGUGUCAAGAACUUUCCCUACUUCUACUUAAGUAUUGAGUUUGAAUCCCGAAGAGUGAUCAUUGCGCUCAACCCCUUCUCCUGUUUGACUGUUACCUUUAUGAAGAUUACAGUGUUGACAAGUUUAUUGGUGACUGUCAAGGAUCUGGCAUUUCAGGAUGUUAUCCUUUACACCUGUCAGUACAUCUUCUGCUAACGCACAAAUGAUAUGAAAUCAUAAAUAUAAUGGAUUACAUUUCAUAAAUGUUAUUACCUCUCCUGCUUGUGCACGUGAUAAAGGUGAAAAGUAAAGUUACCCUUUCAGACCUUGUACGAGAUAAAUACAUUUUUAAAAUACCACAUAAAAAAUGACAUUUUCAUUAGUACUAGCCUACACAUUGAUUUUUGUCUUAUUGUUACCAUAUAAUGAUAUACAAUAAAAAUGUUUGUCGAUUUUAUUUAUUUAUGUUGACAAUUAGUGUACGUUAGUGAAAAUAUAUGCUGAAUAGAACAUUAAUCAUAUUAGCGCUGUCAUUUAA